AUGGAUUCUUCACAGUUUCGCGACGCAGCCAAGAGUGCUAUUGAAGAGAUUGCAAACUACUACGACACAUUAGAGGAACGCCCGGUGCUUCCAUCAGUCGCACCAGGCUAUUUACGUCCACUCAUCCCAUCUUCUGUCCCUGAAGAGGGUGAAUCAUGGGAGACGAUCCAGGCCGAUAUCGAUCGUGUCAUCAUGCCCGGACUAACGCACUGGCAAUCACCGAAAUUCAUGGCUUUCUUCCCAUGUAAUUCGUCCUACCCAGCCAUGUUGGGUGACAUGUACAGUGGCGCUUUCAAUGCUGCUGCUUUCAAUUGGGUCUGCUCACCUGCCAUUACCGAAUUGGAAACUGUCAUGAUGGACUGGGUGGCCAAGUUGCUUGCCCUUCCGAAGGAAUUUCUGAGCGACGGGGAAGGAGGCGGAAUCAUCCAGGGUACGGCGAGCGAGGUUGUGGUCACAGCGGUCGUCGCGGCGCGAGAGAGAAUGGUGAGAAGGAAACUCGGGGGUGCACCGGAGAGCGAGGAGCAGAUGGACCGCGCAGCAGAUAUCCGCGGGAAACUCGUCGCUCUGGGAUCAGAGCAUGCCCAUUCGAGUACCCAGAAGGCUGCCAUGGUCGCAGGAACACGUUUCCGCACCGUUCCUGCGCCAAAAGAAACUGGUUUCUCUGUCACCGCGGCCGCCCUCCGCAAAACCGUUGAGGAGUGUCGUGCCAAAGGCCUCGAGCCAUUUUACUUCACUGCUACACUAGGCAGCACAGGGACCUGCGCAGUAGACGACCUCGAGGGCAUCGCCGAACUCUCCAAAGAAUACCCAGACCUAUGGAUCCACGUCGACGCAGCAUAUGCUGGCUCUGCGCUCAUCUGUCCAGAGUACCAACACCUCUGCCCGCCCCUCGCCGCAUUCGACUCCUUCAACUUCAACCUCCACAAAUGGCUCCUCGUCAACUUCGACUGCUCCGCCUUCUACAUCAAGCGCAGAAAAGACCUCAUCGACACCUACAGCAUCACACCCACCUACCUCCGCAACCCCCACUCCGACAAAGGCAUGGUCACCGACUACCGCGACUGGCAAAUCCCCCUCGGCCGCCGCUUCCGCAGCCUCAAAGUCUGGUUCGUACUCCGCUCCUACGGCGCCCACGGACUCCGCACUUUCAUCCGCUCACAUAUCCAACUCGGCACCUACUUUGCCUCCUUGCUGCAUUCCCGCCCAGACAUCUUCAGCAUCACCACCGCUCCCGCCUUUGGCCUCACUACUUUCCAAAUCAAACCCAGGACCCCCACUGCCGCAUCGACGGCCAAGGCCAACGAGCCGGACCCACGACACGAGGCGUAUGCGAAUGACUUUUUGCCCAAUGCAGAGGCGCAGUAUUUGGAAAAUGUGAAUGCGAAGACCAAGGAGGUGUAUGAGCGGAUUAACGAGGGCAGGGAGUUCUUCUUGACGAGCACGGUUGUGGGCGGCUUGUAUGUCAUUAGGGUGGUUAGUGCGACGUUGAAGAGUGAGGAGAGGUAUAUGAAGGCUGUGUUUGAAGCGCUUGUGGAGGCUGCGGAGGGGCGGCGUGUAGGGUAG